CACUCUUUGCGUACGUGUACUCGUGUAGUGGCAUCUCCUAGCUAACCCAAACUGGUGUACUCCUGAGUCCUGACAUGAUUUCAUCCGACUAAAAUUGCAGAAACGCCAUGGAAGAAGAGACUUCCUCUUCAUCUGCGCAUCAAAACCACUGGAUUGCAAUUCAAGAUCAACUCAGAAACAAAUUAAUCACAGAAGAUGAAUUUUCAUGGGAACUUCCUUCAUCAUCAUCAUCAUCUUCUGUGGAUGUAGGAGAGAGAAAAGAGGUGUUAAAAUAUGUGGGAGGGGUUGACAUAAGCUUCUUGAAACAAGACCCUUCAGUUGCAUGUGGGACCCUUGUAGUUUUAGAGCUUGACUCUUUGAAGGUUAUCUAUGAUGAUUUCAGUGUGUCUAAGCUUAAGAUCCCCUACAUUCCGGGCUUCCUCGCUUUUAGAGAGGCUCCUAUUCUUCUGAAGCUUUUGGAGAAAAUGAAGGAAAAUGCUCACCCAUUCUAUCCCCAGCUCCUGAUGGUUGAUGGCAACGGAUUGCUUCAUCCUCGAGGUUUUGGCUUGGCUUGUCACCUUGGAGUUAUGGCUGACCUUCCAACAAUUGGAAUAGGAAAAAAUUUACAUCAUGUUGAUGGUCUAACCCAUUCAGAAGUUAUAGAGCAUUUGGAGGCUGCCGAAGGCAAACAGUCUGUUUAUUUGAAUGGAAACUCUGGACAUACCUUGGGUGUGUCUCAUGUAUUUGUCACAGGCUAUGAGAUCCACAUUGGGUGCUUUGAAGCCUAUUUUUAUUUCAAUUGGUCAUCGUAUUUCACUUACCACAGCCGUACAGAUUGUGCAAAGGACUUGCAAGCACCGUGUGCCAGAGCCAAUCAGGCAGGUAAUAUUUACUUAUCCUUUGCUCACAGCCACAGGUAUGGCUUGUGUCACUGUUAUCAUUCCACAAAGUAUGUGGAUUCUAAUAAGUAGCGAUUUUGAUGGUUCAUGCUCUAGAGAGGCAUUGAUUUGACAUGAAACUCCAUUGCAAUUCACAGAAGUAUUGAGAACUCCGAUUCAUGUUAGUUGUUGUUGUUUUAGUUUAGCAUGUAUUGAGAACUCAGGUUCAUGUUAAUUGCUGUUGUUAUAUUUUAGUGUGAGGCUGAGGCAGGCCCGGCCCUGGGGCAGGGCAGGCGGGGCGCCCGCCCAGGGCCCAGAAAUCUGCAGUAGCUUAGCUAAUUAAUCCAGCACUAAAAUUUCAUAUAUCCCCUACUGGAAAGAUGGUAUUGGAGUCCUCAUGUGAGGAUGUUUAUAGUCCGCCGUUCGACUCCUGUCACAACAACUGCCUAAUUUUUUGUUUUGUUUUUAUUUUUUCUUUUUUUUAAAAACUUUUUGUUUUGUUUUUCUUUUUUCUUUUUUUUUGUUUUUCUUUUUUUUUCUUUUACAAUUGCAAAGAUCUUUUAUAUUUUCUUCUUACAAUAUUUCCGGCUUAUACCUUCAUUUCCUUUCUACCACCAUAUUAUAUUAUUUUAUUUUUUUAGUCAGUAUGAUCUUAUAUCUUAUAUACCUUAAAAUUGUAAAUUAUUAAAAAAUAAUGUAUACAACCUAAAGCAAAUACUUAGAUUCUUAAUAUUAUUUGUGUUGGGUGAUAAAAUAUAUUUUAUAUUUUCGAUUUUAUUCGUCUAGUUAUUAGUUUAUAUAAUUUAUUAAAGGCUACUUCAUCCGUCCCACAAUAGUUUGAACACUUUGUUUUUUGUUUGUUCCAUUUCAGUUUUACACACUUUUAUUUGGCCCCACUAUUAUUAUGUGAUUUCUCUCAUUUUCAGUAUUAGUACCUACCAACUCCUAUUACAUACAUUUAUUUUCUAAAAUAAAAAUAACAUUUGAAGAUCACACUAGAAAUUAUUUCUUACAUUACGUGACCUAACAAGUAUAUUUCUAGGACGGAGUGAAUAUUAGAUAUACAUUAAUCAUAUAAAAAUAAUCAAAAAAUUUUAUAUAGUUGUUGAUAAACAUGAAUUAGUCGAUUCUCAAAUAGUUUUUAUCCUAUAAACAUGCAUAUUUUGUUAAAUGUAUAUUAUACAUUAGGGCCCUUUUUCAUAUAUUGCCCCGGGCCCAAUAAUGUUCAGGAACGGCCCUGGGCUGAGGUGAACCACUAAUUGUCAACAACAAAGAUUUUAAAGUGACACUGCUAAAUUGAUGUUAAGGAGUGGAUUGAUGGGUUUCCUUGCAUCAACUUAUAUUCAUGUGCAACAUUCUGAUUACUAAUAUAAAUUCUAAAUUUUUGGUCCUCUGGAGUUUCAGAAGCCUAUUGCUUCCCUACUGAAGCAUUCUCAGGUCUCAGCACAUUAUUUUCUUUUGAUAAUUUACUUUCAUUUCAGUUUUGUUCUUGCUCUGUUGCUGAAUGAAGGUGAUUGCAUUUUCUGACUCCUUUGUACAUAAUGAAUGUCAUGAUUAUCUCUAAGAUAUUAGAUGCUGGUUUCUCUUGGCCGAUGUAAGGUCGAGAGAGUAUCUGCGCAAGCAUCCAUGUUUACCACAAUGUCUCUAACAAGGUGAGUUUUAAAUGUAAUCUCUAAAGAACAAUUAACAUGAACAAUCAAACUUUUGACCAUUUUAAGGAAAAUCCCAACUCUAUGGUCUUCUCAAUUCUCAUGAUAGCCAAUCCAGCCACACCAUAUCCCAGAAUGAUAUUCUAUUGGGGAUGCCUUCUCCAAAGAUUGAGUAACUUGAAGAACAGAUUAGCAGGUUAAAUAUUGAUGUUAAUUUUUCCUUCAAAAAAUACUUCCCUUGCCCCCUUUUCUUCCCUCUGCUUGACCAACAGCUUCCCCUGGUGUUUUUUUUUUUUUUUUUUUUUUUUUUUGUUAAUUAAACCCACUUUUCCUUUUCUUUGUCCCCUUUUUCUAAUCAUAAUUUUUUUAACUCUAUUAUUCUUGCUUUGAAUGAUCACAAUAUUCUUUCCCCUCCUCUUCUCUCUUGUUUUGUCAUUUGUGGGCACCGAAUGUGUAAGUUCAGUUUUUAGUUUCAUUUUGGACCAUAUCCAAUCCAAUCCGAAUUUACCAAAUCCUGAAAUAGAGCUUGUUAGUUUGGAUCCAAUCCAAGAGUCCAAAUCAUUAACUUCUAUUUAUUUCGAGCAGCAUAAUGGCUAAAAGACAUUAUUCUCUAAUAUAAUACUUCCCUCCUUUUUUUACUGAUAAUGUUCUUGACUUUUGUACUAUUUAUACACUUAUGUUGUCCAGAAGUUUUUGAACAAUAUACAACACAGAUUUGGCAUGUAAGAUGUUGGAUUUAUUUCAAUAUAUUGUUACAAGAUUUCAACUUAUAUAUUUUUUACAAAUCAAAAUUAAAGACAUUAAUGGUCAAAGUUGUAUAUGACAAGCGUGAGUCAAAACGUUGCAAGUAAAAAAAAGAGGAAGUAUCUCUUACAAGCCCCAAAAACUGACCCACCUGAAUAAGAAUUUUAGCUCAAGUUCCUAAAUAUAGUCAUAUAAGAAGUUUUAUAAAAGCUUAAAGGUGCGCAUUGCCAAUAAACUUAUACAUACUCAAUAAACUUAUACAAGAACACGACAACUGAAGAUAACAAUAACUGAUUAUAAAUAUAUAGUAUUGAUUAGAUACGUAAUAACGGUAAGUAUCGGACGAAUAAAUAUUCAAAUAUGAAUUUCAAAGAUAUAUUAACCUAAAAAAAGAUAUAUAAAUAUCCGAUUUAUUCAGUUGUUUUGGACCCAAACAUCAGAUCCGAAUUCAAUCUAAAAAUCCGAUUUUUGAAAAUAUUGAGUCCAAAUUCUAUCUGAAUUACUAAUUUGGUUUGGAUUGGUUUUUAUCUAAAUCACUUACACCUCGCACUGAUAAUUGAUUGAAUUUUCUUACUGAACUCAUUUAACUUUGUGAUCAUUCACAUGUUUUAUCUCGCUUCUCAGAUAUGUGUUGCGGACUUGCUGGUCACCAAAGUUUUUUUUUUGAUAGGAGAAAUUGUUAACUGCUUAAUUCUUAUACAAGAAAAGAAAAGGCAUCCUAAAUUGUAAAUGUGAAUGAUUUUGCUCUGGGGUUAAUCUUGGUACCUUUGAGAAAGAGGUCAGAGAGAGGAAAAAUUUCUGUUGCCAAAAUGAUUGUCUAGUAAGUGUUUGAAUGAGCCUCUCACGCAUAAAUCAUAAUUACCUUCUCACUCUCCUCAUAUGUUCUUAAGUGCUGAAUCUAUGAGACAUUGGAAAUACAUAGUCCUUUUUUUAUUGCUGAUGAAUCUUCUUGUGCGAUUUACCAACAGACGGAGCUUGACUUAGUAAUUACAAGAUGGUCUUAUGAUUUUGAAUCAGUCCAGAACUCCAUUUUGUCUUGUUUUAGAAGCAUGAGCAACAAACAUAAACAGAACAAAUCUGUGGUUUUCUACCUAGCUUAAACUCCAAAUGCUCCAAUACUAUUGAUUUCGUUAGUGAUUAACUGACUACUAGAAGUAGUUCCAACUUUCAAAUUGCUGGUUUGGUCAUGUUUAGAUUUCUUGAGGCAUAAUGCUGGUGAAAUGUGCUGUCUACAAUGAUGCAUCCAUCCUUCUUGAGCAUUUUUGAGCUCAUUUGUUAAGCAAAGAAAUAGGAAGGAGAUUGAACCAAGAAUGCAGGACAAUGUUUGCUAUUUUUCUACGUGGACAGUUCUUGUAAUUUUUUUCUUGAAAUGUGUAAAAGAAGCCGUUUUUUUUUUUUAUUUUUAAAAUAAAUAAAUAAAUGGAGAAUUGCAAUUCUGCAAAAACUAGGCAGAUGCUGUAUUUCACUGAUGAUGAGAGCAAAGCUUGUAUAUUCAGAAUACAGUUUGUCAGUGUAUAGUAUAUGCUUCAAUGUACUUAAUUUUAUUCA